AUUGAGCAAAGGGGAUGUCCUCUGAUGAGUCGUAUGAAGCAACCCUAUCCGAUCCUAAACUUAAGGCAAAGUUUAGAACUUUUAAAACAGAGCUUGGUUCUAUCUUAGCUUCUUUUAAGAGAGCAGAAGACUGGGCUGACUUGAUUCGAGACUUGCAACGACUUGGAAGACUGCUUCAAAAGUUUCAAGACUUGCCUCUACUUCCACAUAAGCUCCAAGUUGCCAAAAGACUGGCGCAAUGUCUUUCAAAGUCACUUCCGAGUGGAGUUCACCUCAAGGCACUGGAAGUUUAUGACAUUAUAUUUAGUAGAUUUCACUUAGCUUUGUCACUUCGGGAUAUGCACUUGUUUGGGUUGGGCAUAUUUCCUCUUUAUCCAGUAGCCUCAACAACCACACGUCCCUUGCUGUUGCAAUUGUUUGAAAAAUAUUUUGUAAACUUAUCAGAAGAUUUCGUGGUUAGUUUAUUGCAAGGUCUCUUUGCUUCCAUUCUUCCUGGAAUGGAUGAUGAGUCGGGAGAACUAUAUGUCAGGCUGAUAAACCUACUUGAUGUUAUUCGAAGUCGUCUUUCCAAUGAUGUCCUUUUUUUCCAAAUAUUUUGGCGCACAAUAAGUGAUUUUCGUGAGUGUCGUUUGAAUGCUUUAAACUAUCUUCAGCUUAAAGCAGGACAGCUUUCUAUCAUUGAAUCUUGUAUUGAUAUUGUCAAACCUGCCAUAAUAUUAUGUCUUGAGGAUACUCAUAUCCUAGUUCAAAGAGCCAUUUUGGAUUUUCUCAGUUCGUAUAUUCCCAUUUCAACUGUAGAAAGUGUCUUUAAAGACGACAGUGUAGCUUUGGUUCAGAAAGUUCUCAGUUGUCUUUUGCAGCGAGACCCGUCUAUCACCAAAAGAGUCUUAGCUUGGGUUUUGGAAGAAAAGGAUGAGUUUUCUUCGAUUGUGGAAGAGAAGGAUUCUACAAUGGAAAUGAAGAAUACUGUGGAGCUUAUCGUUGCUGCCUUGAAAGGAUAUUUACAGAUUCCAAGUAACCGAAGAGACUGCAGUUGGGACGUUUUGAUCAUUGUCCACUCAUUAUUUGAGCGACAACAAUUGCAAAGUAGAUUGAAGGAUAAAAUUGCAAUGGAGCUACUUGACUAUGGUUUUAGUUGUCUGCAAGUACUUCAUAUCAAUCGGAAAUCCGCGGACUUUGCACGUCUAGAGUCAUCAUAUUCGGAAAAUGUUAAAACAGUUGGUAGUUCUAAAAGGACUCUUGACUUGGCCAAGUCUUAUUCAUCCAGUUCUCACGAAAUGGAGCGACUGUUUGUGGAAUUGUUGAGUGGUGCUUGCUAUACGCCACUCUUGUCAAUGAUUGAAGAGCUUCUUGAAUCGAAUGUAGAACAGUUGCCUUGUUUAAGAUGGCAAGCAUUCUCAUAUGUCUUGGAGCUGCCAGUAAGUAAACAAGAGAACCUAACAGGUUGGUGUAUAAGAGUUAUGCAACAUACCUCAAAAUUUAUGAGAGAAUGUUGUUUGAACUGUCAUGAACAGUUUUGGGUUUGGAAACAUCACAAAGCUGUAUGGGACUUUUUUAGUCGAAGUUUAAUUUUAUAUCUCUCAAGUUUGGAUGGAGAGUUGCGACGAGAUAAACAUUUCAAUGAGUUCAAUUCAAUUGCAGUGGAUUUCAUUCACUCCAUGAAAAUUUGGAUAAGGGAGACACUUCUUUCUCAGUCAUCACUAUCUUCUCAUUUUUCGGAAGGAAUCUUGUGCUCGGAAUCGGGACAAGAUAUGGCUAACUUUGAAAAAUUUCUCUUGCAGAUAGGUUCCACUUUGCGUUUGUUGUACUCUUCAUUGCAGUCGAAGCGGUUGUGUGAUGAACUAUUGAAACUUGCGCAGCAGCAGAGUUUAUCUUCUCAGUUUACGAUUGCCUAUUGUGGAGUUUACCAGUUCGUAGAAUUAUUUACUUUUUAUAGGAGUUUUAUGGAUUCGAGUGACUCUAGAGGACAAGCUUCAGCUUCUAUGGAAGAAAAGCCUUGCGAUAAUACAGAAAAUGAGUCUCAAAUGAAAUCAGAAACUACUCUAGAACACUUUAUCUCCCCUGUAUUGUUGUAUUGGUGGAGUCUUUUGCAUCCAUCAGCUGAAAAUUGUUGUAUCCGAGUAGCACAAGUAUGGUUUUCUUUACAAAAGUGCUUUCCUGUGUUAGCACAAAGAAUCAUUUGCAAACAAUUGAACACUCGAUCGAGCGUAGAGAGAUUGAAAAAUUUGGAAUGCUUUGCAAUGUUGUGGAAAUUGGUAUUGGAUUACCAGUUAACUAGCCCCCCACCUUCUAUAUGUACUUUGGAUGCUAUUAAUCUUUUAAAUGACCCGGAUGAAUCGGUAAAGGCGGCAGCAGUGAAUUGGUUAUUAGAUUGUUUUUGUUACCAGCCAACUAGUAUUUUGGAUAUUUUAACCGAAUCUAUUCUAGCUUCUAAUUUUUACUGGGAUAAUCAUUCGAAUUGUAUAGUGAAUAUAGAAGAUGCUCCUCGGGCACGAUAUGGAUUGCUUCAACUGAAUAACGUGAUCAACACAGUUUCCUCUUAUCGAUAUGCCUUAUUGGAAAGAGAUGCCUUAAUAUUUACUCGGUUACAGUCAUCUCAUUUUAUUGUUAGUCGUUUGUCUUCUGUGUUUUUAAGUAAUGAUGUCAGACAACAAAUGGAAGAGACAUCACAAGCUUUUCCUUUAUCGACGAGAAGUAGAAGGAGUCGAGACCAACAACAAGAAACUUUAGACCGAAGUACAGAAAAAUUAUUUCCUGGUUCUUUAUUUCCUCCUUCAGAAUAUUAUCAUGUGAUUGCGCUUAUUUCUCUUAGUUUUUUACAAAGUGACUUACAAAGUAACUUAUCGCAACGAUGGGAACAGCAGACCAAGUGGGAUGCUGUAGACUUGUUGCCCUAUAUUGACGAUUUCUGUCUGUUAAAAUACCAAAACAAAGAAGAUUGGAUGAUCACCUUUACUGGUUCUGAGGAUCCUUUUCCAUUUUUCUCUUCGAUGUAUAACAAUGCCGCUAAUGUACUAUGGAACUUGUUGGAGUUUAUUCAAACGAUGCCUGAAAUGGGUAGAGAGUUAUCAUUGAAUAUUUACCCAUCAGUAUUGAUAGCACUAGAUAAAGCCGUCAAGAGAAGAGACGAGUCUUUGCAAAGAAUUUUGUUGGAAAUUCUGGAAAGAAUGAUGUUUUAUCAAGGAGCAAGUUGGGGAGUUCCAGAGUCUCUUCACUUUCAACAAGUACAUGCAAAUGCAGUAUCGAAUGUUAUUGCAUCAGAAACUUCUUUUCCAUGGAUGGAACGUCAUUCUUUAUUUCAAUCAUGUUAUUUGCAAGGAAUCCGUCAAAGUUUGAGUGAAACUAACGGAAAUGCGAUUGUAUUGGCUCGAAAGUGGAUACAGUUCACAGAAGAUAUUGUACAUGUUACUCAGUAUACUUUGCCAUUUCUUGUAGAAACAUUUGUAACUAUAGUUGGGGAACAAUUGGAAAGCUUAUUCACUAUGAAUAGGAACCAGCAAGUUGAAGAACGAGUGCUGGAGCGACUAGUUUUACUUAUUAGUGGCUUAUAUAAUGUGCUCAAAAGAGUAUUUCAAAUACAUCGGCAAGCAGUCAAGGAUGGUACCUUGCCGUCAAUAUGGACAAAUGAGAAUGUAACUUGGAGAAGUCCACCUUCUAGCGAUCUAAGAACUUUUCAGAUAAGUAGUCAACAGUCCCAAUCUGCUAGAUCGGUUCUUGUUUCUAGUUUGAAUCCUUUUCGGCUAAUCAAUGAUUUGGUAAAAGAUGUAUGGGGAAAGGAGAGUUUGGAGCAAGCCGAGAAAACGAUUGAUCCUCGACAGGAAGUCAUUCGUCGACUGGUCCUAAAUCAAUUGGAUGAGUUGAUUGCUUGGUUAGUAGAUAGCUGGUUACGACCUUGGUUAAGUCUUUCAGAACGAGAAGAUGAGGAAACUUCACGUCUUCAGUUGUUACCAAAAUAUUUUUCUCAACAUCGGACCUGGUGUAUCCAUAUAGUGGAUUUAUUAUUUCGUAAACAUCCGGUGGAUACUUUGGCUGCGAUAACUGUUUUCUGGGAGGAUCGUAUCCUACAAUCCUCUUCACAUGAUGGGACCCAGUACAGAAAUGAAGACGAGUCUUAUCAAGAUGAUAAGCGUGUUUCGUCAAGAAGUAAUUAUCCCUCUGCUGAAAUCUUAUUUGAAUUGCUUCAUGCCACAGAUGUAGUAACACCUGAGCUUGUUCUAUCCAGUUGUUCUGAGUUGGCAGCAGCAACAGUUGUAUAUUUAUCUAAAGAAGCUUUGGGAACUUCCCGUAAUCCUAGUGCAACAAGUGAUUCUGCAAGUUACCCAUCGCAUUCCUCCUUUGAAGAUGAACUGGAAAGCUGGAUACUUAGUAUUGUUCCACCCAAAUUGGAUAAAUCUUCAUUAUUAGUCGUUCGUUUAUCUUCUUUUUUAGCACAAGGUUCCACAAGUACCUUAUUUUGUUCCAAUGAAUUUUUCCAAAAUGUUUCUCCAGAGCGAUGUAUGAUAUCUUUACUAUCUUUCAUGGAAUGGUAUAUUUCUAGUUGUAGUGAACCAGGUGAAAAUAGUGCCGAUUUACUGUCAACAUGGCCAUAUAUUUCCUACUGUCUUCGAGAUAUUUUGAAUAUUUGUAGCGAGAGACCUAUCGUAUUUUUUAUCGCUUUAAGGCUUUUGGCUGCAUUUAUAGUGCGUGUUUUGUAUCCUUUGGUCGACCGCAGUUUCCAAAAAGAUUGGACAGAACUCUUUCUAUAUUUGGUGAAGAAUUGUUGUUCCAUUGCUGGUGGUUCUAUUCAACAACGAACUUCGUUGAACCCCGUUAAAAGCCAGGGCCCCUAUUCAGAGUCUGCUUCACAAGUUAUCUUAAGAGCCUUUUCAAUUCUCUCCAUUACUAUUGUCCCUGUUUUUGAACUCAUUUCGAAUUCUAAUUCACCUAAUUCCUUGUUGACAAGUUCAGGAGAUUGGGAGACCAGCAUUGGUUUGCCAUCAAGUCAACAAAUUGUGAAUGUCGCGGUUCAAACCAUUCGUAGAGUGGGUAAUCGACCUACUAUGACCUCUCAUGAAAUGGAAUGUGCAGUUGAAGCAGCACGACUGUUAAGCAAUUGUUGUUCAUAUCCUUGGGCAAUAAGAGUCAUGAGAAAGGAAGUCAUGAGUUUAUUGGAUUCCAACAAUAUAUUCAAACACAAGAACGAGGCGUUUCUAAGAGAAUUUGCUCGUGUCAUUUGUGUUCUCUUGGUGAUGGGAAACACCAGUGGAGAAAGUGUGAAUAGCAGUUCUUUCAGUUCAAAAGUAGAAAGUGGUCCAUCUUUUUCGGAAAGAAUUUUCUUUGAAACCAAUAGCAACCACCACCACCAUCACUAUCAUAACAGUCAUACUCCUCCUCCUCCUCCACAACCUUCUACUGGUGCUGCUGUUGCUCAUAGUCAACUUUCAAAUUCAAGUUGGCAUUUAUUGAUGACAAGUUUCCAUUCAUUUGCGAGUAAUAACGCUAUUGGCAAUGUUCUCUUGAAAACACGUGAUGUUGAAAAUACUACUUGCUGUCGUAUUUUAAGAAGAAUUUCGUUCUGCUUUUAUGCAGGUGGCAGCAACCAGUUUAUUGCACAAUUGCCAUUGCUGUUGGAAAGAUGGAAUGAAGCAUCAGAAAUGUCAUCUAUCGAUGUGCACAAGGAAUGUUUAUUUGGUAUGAGAGUGUUGUUGAUUCGGUAUAGUGAGCCACAUAUUGCCAUGUUUCGUGUAUGGUUACAAAUGGAACUAUUUCAAAUAUUCAGUCAUCCCAACACUCAUCGAUCAUUGUGGAUUGCAGCAUUGAGAACCAUCGACUAUCUUUUAUUAUUCGGAAUGUCUGACUUUAUUUUCACCAAAAACUUUUUCCUUUCAGGUGACUUGCAGUCUUCUUCCCAUCAAGCCACAGUCGAGAUGGGUGAUAAUGUUUCCAUUCCUGUGAUUGGAAACUGGUUAAGGAGAAUUCCUUCUUGGCAAGAAAAGGCGAAACCUUUUGAAGCAAUCAUUGAUAACCAACUUCGACAAGGACUCCCUAUUGACCUGCAAAGUCACACGGAAUUCAAUGACGACGAAGAAGAAGAUUAUUUGGUUGCCUUUGCUGUGGCAAUAGAGAGAAGAGCAACCGAAACCAUUUGGCAAACGAUACCUGUUUGUCAAAGAGCCGCAGAAGAAUCCGUCGAAAGAGAGUUUCUCGAUUCCAAGGCUUGAGUAGCACUCUAUUUGAAUCGAA